CCCACCCCACAGAUCUUCAUCGACCGCGACCCCACCGUCUUCGCCCCCAUCCUCAAUUUCCUUCGCACCAAAGAGUUGGACCUGCGUGACGUCAGCCCCUCCCUGCUGCUGCACGAGGCUCAGUUCUACGGCAUCACCCCCUUAGUUCGCCGCCUGCAGCUACGAGAGGAGUUGGACCGUUCGUCCUGUGGAAGCGUCCUAUUUAAUGGCUACCUGCCCCCCCCAGCCUUACCCGCCAAACGCCGCAGCCGCCCCGGCGCCCCCUCCCCGCGCCCCCCAUCGGACCGCCCCGCCGCCAUCCGCCGCAGCCACACCGUGCCCCCCAUGCUGCCCCACACCGCCCUGCCGGGACGGCCGUUGGAGGACCGCGCCGCCCCCCCCAGCGGAGGUGAUGCUGGGAUGGUGCGCAUUGUUUGCGGCCAUCACCAUUGGAUCGCUGUGGCGUAUGCGCAGUUCCUCGUCUGCUACCGGUUGAAGGAGACCUCGGGGUGGCAGCAGACCUUCUCCAGCCCCCGCUUGGAUUGGCUGAUCGAACGCGUGGCCCUCAACGCCAAAGUGUUGGGGGGCCCUUUGGGUGACCACGACAAGAUGGUGGCGGCCGCGUCCUGCAGCGAAAUCAUCCUCUGGGCACUGCGAGCCGACGGCAACGGCAGCGAGAUCGGCGUCUUCCAUUUGGGCGUCCCAUUGGAAGCUCUCUUCUUUGUGGGCAACCAGUUGAUCGCCACCAGCCACACCGGCAAGAUCGGGGUCUGGAAUGCUGUCACCAAACAUUGGCAGGUUCAGGACGUGGUCCCCAUCAACAGCUACGAUGCUGCCGGCACCUUCCUGCUGCUCGGGUGCAAUAACGGCUCCAUCUACUACGUGGAUGUGCAGAAGUUCCCACUGCGCAUGAAGGACAACGACCUCCUGGUGACGGAGCUCUACCGGGACCCCUCCGAGGACGCCGUCACCGCGCUCAGCGUCUACCUCACACCCAAGAGCAGUGACAGUGGCAACUGGAUCGAGAUCGCCUACGGCACCAGUUCGGGUGUGGUGCGGGUGAUUGUGCAGCACCCCGAGACGGUGGGCUCGGGACCCCAACUCUUCCAGACCUUCACCGUGCACCGCAGCCCCGUCACCAAGAUCAUGCUGUCAGAGAAGCACCUCAUCUCAGUGUGUGCCGACAACAACCACGUCCGGACCUGGACGGUGACCCGGUUCCGUGGGAUGAUCUCCACCCAACCCGGUUCCACCCCGUUGGCGUCCUUCAAGGUCUUGGCUUUGGAAGACCUUGACGGCCACGCCGGCUGCGCCGCCGGCACCGACAUCGGACCCUUUGGGGAGCGGGACGACCAGCAGGUCUUCAUCCAGAAGGUGGUGCCCGACGCGUGCCAGGUCUACGUCCGGCUCUCGUCUACCGGCAAGAGGGUCUGUGAGGUUCGUGCCGUGGACGGGUCGGCCAUCACGGCCUUCACGGUCCACGAAUGCGAGGGAUCGCGGCGCGUUGGGUCACGGCCGCGCCGGCGCCUGCUGACCGGGCACGCCAACGGCAGCCUGCAGCUCUGGGACCUCAGCACCGCCAUGGAGAUGGGGGGCAGACCCCAAGAGCCGGGGGUUCCGUCCCCCCAGGAGCUGCUGCAGCAGUUGGAGCACUGCGAUCUGCUCGGCCCCACGGCCCCCCCGGGACCCCCCCACGGACCCCCCCUCAGCCCCCACAGCCCCGAUGCCGCCGCCCCCCCCCACGAGAAACCCCCCCAUUGUCUGUGCCCCCUUCUGUGCCGCAAUGGGGGGGUCUGCGCCCGCCCCGAUUCCUGUCUGUGCCCCCCCGGCUUCACUGGGAAGUUCUGCCACCUCCGCGCCCCCCCCGGGGUCACUCCCGGCCCCCCCCCUUCUCCGCCCCUCAGCCGCUCCGUCUACACACUGCCCAUCGCCAACCACCGCACCGAGCGCGACGGCGUUCUGUCCGAGGUGACGGUCCACGUCCACCACCCCCCCGACGCCUCCGUCACCAUUCACCGCGUGGAGCGGCUGCGGGACGACGACGACGACGGGGAUCCGGAGGGGGGGGGAGGGGGGGGGGGGGACGACACCGAAGGGGGGGGGCGGCACCGGGGAGGGGGGGGCGAUUUCGGGCCCCCCCCCCGCGUGUUGGCACAGAACCGCCCCCAACUGCCCGGGGAGCGCAACGGCUUCGGCCCCACUGCGGGCUUUGGGUACUGCUUCAACAGCGUCACCGACGGAGAGUGCAGCUCCCCUCUGCCCGGCCUGCGCACACAGCACGUCUGCUGCCGGGGGGGCGGCGCCGCCUGGGGGGUGCACGAAUGUCAGCCCUGCAACCCCGGGGACGCCCCCGCUGUAGAGCCGUGCCCCAAAGGCUUCCGCCGCGCCAAUGGGAGCUGUGUGGAUGUGGAUGAGUGCCGGGAGGGGGGGCUGUGUCAGAACGGGGUGUGCAGUAACAGCCCCGGCAGCUUCGCCUGUCUGUGCCAUGAGGGGUUCAUCCUCGACUCGUCCCGGAGCAGCUGCAUCUCCCACCAGGUGCUGUCGGAGGCGAAGGCUCCGUGUUUCCGGGUGCUGCGGGACGGGCGCUGCGCUCUGCCCACCCUACGCAACAUCACCAGGCAGAUCUGCUGCUGCAGCCGCGUCGGGAAGGCCUGGGGGAGGGACUGCCUGCGCUGCCCCCCAUACGGCUCCGAGGGUUUCCACGAGAUCUGCCCCGCCGGGGCGGGCUAUCACUACUCCGCCUCCGACCUGCGCUACAACGCCCGGCCGCUGGGGGCGCUGUUGCCCCGCGUCCCCCUCAGCCGCCCCCGCGCCACCGCCCGCCCCCACGGCGUCUUGUCCCCAAUGCCACCCCCCAAUGUCACCCCCCCGUUGUCACCCCCCCGUGUCACCCCCGUCACCCCAAUGUCACCCCCCCGCCUCAAUGUCACCCCAUUACCACCCAUGAAUGUCCCCAUCGUCACCCCCCGACGUCACCCCCACUGUCACCCCCAUCACCCCAAUGUCACCCAUGACACAACGGAGACCCCCACAGCUGCCCCCCAGCCGCCCCCCCCCCCAUCACCAGGAUGUCACCGCCUGUCACCCAGCUGCCACCGCGCGUCCCUGAAGUGCCACCACGGGUCAUCGAAGUGCCACCGCGGGUCCCUGAAGUGCCACCGCGGGUCAUCGAAGUGCCACCGCGGGUCAUCGAAGUGCCACCGCGGGUCCUUGAGGUGCCCCCCCCCGGCCCAGAGGUGGUCAUUGUGCCGCGCCCCACCCAAGGGCUGCAGGGCCCCCCCCCCCACACCGCUGCCAGCCGGGGUGUGCGAGCGGAACCCGCAGCUGUGUGGGCCGGGGCGCUGCGUGCCGCGUGGCGGCGGCUACACGUGUGUGUGCCACAACGGCUUCUGGCUCAGCACGCAGGGCACGCACUGCAUCGACGUGGAUGAGUGCCGCCGCAGCCCCCUCCCCUGCUCCCACGGCCGCUGUGAGAACACGGUGGGCAGCUUCCGCUGCGUCUGCAACGCCGGGUACCGACCCGGCAGCGCCGGCACCGACUGCCAUGAUGUGGAUGAGUGCGCCCAAAGCCCCCCGCCGUGCGCCCACGGCCGCUGUGAGAACCUCCCCGGCUCCUUCCGCUGCGUCUGCAACGCGGGGUUCCGCUCCGCCACGCAUGGGGGGCACUGCGAGGACAUCAACGAAUGUGAGACCCCCACCGCGUGCCCCGGCCAGGAGUGCCUCAACACCCCCGGCUCCUUCCAGUGCCGCCCGUGCCCCGAUGGCUUCCAGCUGCGCCACGGCCGCUGUGCAGAUGUGGACGAAUGCUCCUCUGCUGCUCCAUGCGGUCCCCGCGGCCGCUGCACCAACACCGAGGGCUCCUUCCUCUGCCAAUGCCAACGUGGUUACCGGGCGGCCGCCGCCGGCGCGCCGUGUGAAGAUGUCAAUGAGUGCCUGGAGGGCGACUUCUGCUUCCCCCACGGCGAAUGCCUCAACGCGGACGGCUCCUACCGCUGCCUCUGCGCUCAGGGCUACGCCGCCGCCCCCGAUGGCACCGCCUGCCGCGACGUGGAUGAGUGCAGCCGUGGGGAUGUUUGUGAGGGCGGCCGCUGCGUCAACACCGACGGCGCCUUCGAGUGCCACUGCCCGGCGGGGUUCCGAUCCGACAGCGCACGGAAACGGUGCACGGAUGUGGAUGAGUGCCAGGAGCACGGGCCGAGGCUGUGUGGGGCGCAGCGCUGCCAGAACAUCCCGGGGUCGUUCCGCUGCGUCCCCGAAUGCCCCCCCGGGUACCGACUGCGGGACAGCGGGGAGUGCGAGGACGAGGACGAGUGUUCGGGGCCGGUGCCGCGCUGUGGGGCUCACGCCGUGUGCCAUAACCUGCCCGGCUCCUUCCAGUGCGCCUGCCACCAGGGCUACGAGGCCGCACCCCACGGCCACCACUGCCAGGAUGUGGAUGAGUGCGCCACGCUGCCUGGGGUGUGUGGGGCGGCGCGGUGCGAGAACGUGGACGGCUCCUUCCUCUGCCUGUGCCCCACGGACGGGCACGAAUUCGACCCGGUGACGGGGACCUGCGGGGGGGGGGUCACUCAGCCGCCCCCCCCGGGGGUCAGCAGCGACCCCACGAUGUGUUACAGCCCGGCGUGCGGAGUGCUGGCGGCCAACGUCAGCAGGCAGCAGUGCUGCUGCGCCGUGGGGUGGGCGUGGGGGCCGCGCUGCGAGCAGGAGGCGGCCUGUCCAAAGGAUGGCACCGCCGAGCAGCGCAGCCUCUGCCCCCAUGGGAUGGGACGGAGCGCCGCACCCCACGGCCCCCCCGGGGACGUGGAUGAGUGCCUGAUGUUUGCGCCCCACCUGUGCCGGGGGGGGGUCUGCAUCAACGCAGCCCCCGGCUUCAGCUGCUACUGCCCCACGGGGUACUACUAUGAGCGGGAGCACCUGCAGUGCGUCGACAACGACGAGUGCCGCGAUGAGGGCGAUUUGGGGCCGUGCGUUGGGGGGCGCUGUGUCAACACGGUGGGCUCCUAUUACUGCGUCUGCAGCCCCCCCCUGGUGCUGGACGGAGCGCAGCGCCGCUGCGUCCCCAACGACACCCGCGGCCACGAGGACGCUGUGGGGCUGUGCUGGCAGGAGGUUGGCCCCGACCUCGUGUGCGGCCGCCCCCGCCUGGACCGCGCGCUGCCCUACAGCGAGUGCUGCUGCCUCUAUGGGGCCGCGUGGGGUAUGGACUGCGCGCUGUGCCCCGCACGGGACUCAGACGACUUUGAGUUCCUAUGCAACGCUCUCCGCCCCCCCCCGGACCCCCCCCGGUAUUCGGGCCCCCCCUUCUCCCCCCCAUUCCCCCCCUCCCCAUAUGGGCUGCCUUACGCCCCCCCCCCCCCUCCCUUUACCCUACCCGGACCUCCCCCCCCCACCGCGGCCCUAUUACCCCUCCGACCCCCUUGGGGGGGGGGCCUACGCCCUCCCCCCCCUCUUCUACGAAGAGAUGGGGGAUUUCGGGGGGGCGGUGGGGGGGGGUGGGGGGGGUGGCCCCCCCCGCUCCUAUCGAGCCCCCCCCGAGGAGGAGGAGGUGGAGGAAGAAGAGGUGGAGGGGGGGGGCACCGAGGAUGCCCCCCCCCGGCGGAGGCGCUGCCCCCCGAGCAGUGUGGGGUUCUCAGUGGCUGUGAGAACGGCCGCUGCGUCAGAAUCCCCCGCGGCUUCACCUGCAUCUGCAACCCCGGCUUCCGCCUGCACCGCGCGCGCAUGGCAUGCAUCGACAUCGAUGAGUGCUCGGACCCCUCUCUGUGUGGGGGGGGUCGCUGCCUCAACACGCUCGGCUCCUUCCGCUGCUUCUGCCCCCCCGGCUCCAUGCUGGCCCAGAGCCCCCCCCGCUGCAUCCCCACCCGGCCCCGCGCCUGACCCCCCCCCGGGAGGGGGACGCUGUAUUCUGUAUUUAUUAUCUGUGUAUAUAUAGGGCCGGGAGGGGGGGCUGGAGGGGGGGGGAGGGGGCUAUAGGCACUGGGAGCACCACCUGGACCCCCCCCCCCUCCCCCCUUCCCACACUGCCCCCCUCCCCACAAACUUAUUUUACAGAAUAAAGGUUU